AUGCUACCAACAAACCCCACCAAGGAGGCCGCCCGCGCCGCCGCGCUCGCCAGGAGCUGGCGCCACAAGUUCGCCCACGUCCACGCCAUCUCCUUCGUGGAGCACGUCGCCCGCUAUGGCCCAAGCGAGGACGACUACACCUUCUUCGUGGACUCCGUGGAGCGCCGGAGCAAGAACGGGCCGCUCCUCGACAACAUCAACGCGGCGCUUCUCUGCGCCGGCGAUCGCAACGCGGCGCCGCGUGCCUUCCGCGUCCAGUUCGGCUGCUACGACAACUGGGACAAGGCCAUGGUGAGCCAGUGGCUCACCCACCUGCUGCGCCGGACCCCGCCGGAGCUCCACCUCGACCUCCGCCUCCAGAUCACCGUCAUCGGCGAGCAUCAGGUUGGCGCCCGCGACAGGGCGGACCACGGCUGCACCGCGCACAGCCCCUACGAUGCGGAUCCGUUCAUGCUGCCGGCAAGGCUCUUCUCUCCUGCGUCGCCCUACGGACGCUCUGCCUCGGCGGCUGCGCUCUGGAUCCGCCGGAGGUCACCCGCCUGCCUCUCCUCGAGACGUUGCUCCUGA